AUGUUCGUGGUUUAUCUGAAAUCCCAACAUAAAAAGAAUCAAUUACACGAAGAAGAGAAAAGAAUUGAAGAAGAAAAAGCAUAUAGAGAACGAUUGGCAGCAGUGAAUAAUCAGAGUGUUUCGACAACUUUCGGUGGUGGAACAACGUCAAGCAUUCGAGAGAAUGAACAGCAAACAUCCGAGAAAAUGAAAUCUGAAAAGACUGUUCCAACUGAGAAAACUGAAAAUUCAUCUAAAAUGAACGAGUAUUCGGUCAGAAGUAGCGAUGAAACCAUUGGCGAUAAAUCUGAAAUUGUUCAAAAAGAAUCAAAUAUUUGUUUGAAAUCUGCACCGAUAUCAUCCACAAUUGGGUCAAAAGAACCAAGUACUGAAGAGUUAUCUUCAAAAAAAAGUCUGACUGAUCUGAAACCAAUCAUCAUCAAAUCAGAAAAUAAGGGGUGUGGAGGAGAAGUAUCUGUAGAGAUUCCUAUAAAAACUCAAGACCCGCCCAUUAAAAAACAAGUAUUAAGUGCUGAGAGUGCUCCUGGAUCUUCGAUUGGAAGUGAUGUAUCUACGUAUGUCAUCUCCUCGCAACGAAGUGAGAUGAACAAUUACAAUAUGCUAGAAGCAGGACGAACUCCUCCAACAUAUUCUGAGAAUGCUCUUCAUCAAACAUCUUCAAUUGAAACGUUUGUUCCGAUGACCCAAAUUCAAUCUUCUUCUGUUGGAACUCCUCUUACUGUCAUAGUGGCUCCUGGUCAAAGAAAUUCAGAAACUGCUGUUUCAAUGACAACUCCACCUAUUAAUCACAAGUAA